UGUCAAAUCUGCUGCUUUUUGACAAUUGGACUAAAUGAAGACUUCGCCUCCUUCCAGCCAAUGCGCGUUCAUGUCGUCAAAGUAUCGAAUCGUCUCCGCUCCGGCAGAGGUUGGGUAUCGCCUGGGCUCCUGGGAGUCAUGCGUUGAUGUCUGAAGCAAACGGGCUGUAAUGAAGUGCUGAGGAAUCGACCGGAAUUCAAAAUGGCGUUUGACGGGCAUCAGACCACUUUGGGAAAUUCUCUCUUCCAAACAAGUCAGCGUCAGUCAGGAGAUAAUGUGAUGGAUAACAGUGGUUGCAUGCCAGUCCCCUUCAUUCCCAACCCCGUUGCAUCCCGUUUGGAGCAUAUGGAUGUGUCCUGGUCUCAAAAUGAUCAGUAUGAACUCGGCUUUGACAAGUCUGCCAUUAAAAACAGGAAACCGACUGAUGCCAACUGUGAUGGCGAGGCAGAUCUGCAGGGUCUUGUUUCUAAUAUUUUGGGCGAAGCAGAUUCCCAGGAUUGCGUCUACAGUGAAAGCCUGCCUACAUACCACCUCAUCUGGUCUCCAAAGACACUGGAAGAGGAGUUGUCGCCGUAUUUUCCGCCAGAGCCUGAACCAUUCAGCAACCCUUCCUUCAUUUCAAACCAUCUGCCCCAUGAGACCUUCGGGAAAGCACAGCAGCCAGGAGACAAAGAGGUUAAUGAUCUGUGUCAGCUGUUCAGCGGCCUAGCCAGCAACCAGCAGUGGUCUUUGACUUCACCGAACGGAGGCACUUGUUCCGUCCGUCCUCAGAAGCUGCCGCCAGGUCUGCCGUUGCCCAGCAAAGUGACCGCCGACCUCUCACAGAUGCAACAGUACGAACACGUCGGCAUGCCGCCGUACGACCUCAGAGGGAACGACGCGCCUUUGAAAAACCUCCCCGCUCACAGUGACGUCUUCAGACCUCCAAACGAGGCGCGCCAGUUGCACCUUGAUGACUUGCGUGAAGACGCCUACAGCCAGAAGAGCGGAAACCCGUUCUUUAACGAGAGCGGCGCACCGGAGGACGUGAACCAGCUGGUCAGCAGUUUCCAGUCGUUCAUGCCGGCCGAUCGUGACGGCGGCUGUUUCGGAGACUUUUCAAGCACGCGCAGGCCGGCGACGGACACGCUCAGAGAAGGGCCGGCUCAGCCGCGUAGGAAAUUCAGCGAUCCUGCAAAGGAGCUGUUUGGCCACUUGGACCCGACGCGGAACGGAAGGAUCGGAGAAGCGAGAAAACAAAACUUUAAACUUGAUGACUUCCAGGAUCUUCCCGAGUUCACCUCUGAGCACAUGGAGUACCUUCAGAAGCCAAAGGCGCUCUCGGCACACCUGAGCUUCCCAAAUCAACGCCUGAGCAAGACGAUGACGCACGCAGAGAAUCAUAAUCUAAGCGUCAACCAGUUUUCAAAAGCGUAUCCCAGGCAGAGCCAGAAAAAGAUCAAGCCUCAAAUGGAGAAAGAAAACAAGAUGGCGCAAAUGCCUGCUUUUGCAGAGGAAGGCUUCGCUAGGAGGCAGCAGACCAAUACCCGCAUGCCAGAAAGAGACAAACAACCCUUCUCACAGAAUCCAUACCUGGAUUUCCAGGGCAACGUGCAGUCCCCGAGACGUGACGGAGAAAACAUCAUGAUCAGCGCCGGGAAUGUCCAGCAGUUCACACCUCUGCCGUAUUCUCUAAAUGACCUCAUGAGAUACUCCAGCAUGGCCUUAAACUCAAACCUGAGCCCCAGGUACAUACUGCCCUGUGAAAAACGCGGCCCCCGCGGGGACGUGAACGGCACGGGGCCCGCUAAAGACGCCGCAGCGUUCAACCCCUUCAUCAGCGACCCGAAGAGCCACAGAGGGGAGAGCACCUAUCAUGGCAUGGCCUCAGCUGUGACGGCUUCACCUAUGAUGAAUCAGGGAAGCGCCGCUUUCCACUUCCACUUCUACCUGGAUGAGUGUUACGAGCAAUGUAGGAGUUUGGAGAAGGAGAGAAAAAAGAUGGAGGUCCUCCUGAAAAAAGCGUUUCCUGGGAGAAGGACCCCCGUGACGAGCAACAACAAACCCCCCAAAACGCCACCAAGACCCACAAGAGUUGACUACCUCAUCGUUAAUCAGAUGAAGGAGCAAGCAAAGGUGCCAAGCCUUUUCGAUAGAAUGGAGUAUCUCUGUGGCGUCCCCCUGCAUGUCAACAUCCAGGCGGCGCUGAAAAGGCACCACAUGGCCGUCUGCGUCGCCCAGACCAGAUGCAAGGACAGUGGAAACGUGACGAAACAGCUGCAGCAGGGAACGGAUUUCAUUGAGGACAGAGAUAACCUGUUGAUGGUCAUGGCGCUGAAGGACCUGGCUGCUACCACCAAGAGGCUGCGCACCGCUCUGUGGUGCGCCCUUCAAAUAACGCUGCCCAUACCCAUCAAGACUCAGGACAACGACAUGUAUGAGCCCACAUGCCCCGAGAGAGACUACGCUCCUUUACUGGGCGCAUCGAUUAUCUAGAUACAAUAGAGAGAUUUUAAUAAGGUCAUAGAAACAGAUAAUUCUGUGGUAUUAAAUGAGUGUAUAACAUUUUAAUGGGAAAAAAAAUGGAUCAUAAAUGAGAUCUGCAGCUUGAAGCCUGAAGAUAUCCGAUUUUUCACCAUUGACCUUUUUUGCCCUGGAAUUGCAUAAAAUGCAAUUUACAAUUUGCAACUACUUACAUUUAUGCAAUUAGUGUCCUCUCCAGAUCAACACAAAUCUUGUUCCAUCAAUUUCAUUCAAAGACUUUAUUUAUUUAGAAGAUGCCAAUGAACUCUUCGUUUUAUUUAUUGGAAUAUAGUAAAACCUCGGUUUUAUGAAUUCCACACUAUUGGAUCACUUAGCCAGUAUUUUAAAAUUAACACUAAAUUCUUUUCAGUUAUGUUGAAAUAAGAGCCUUGAUAUUCUUUUUUUGUUUAGUGUGAUUUUAAAUAUUGGAACCAUAUUAAGACUCAAUGUAUUUAAGUAUUUUAAUUACACUACUUAUUAAAAAAAGCGAGAAAAGUAUCAGUGAAAUAAGAGUUCUCCAAAGUGUUCAAGGUGUUUUGCUCAUUAGAUAAGUGUUAUGUAUAAAAAUUUAAAUUUUGGUUUCAAAGGUUGAACUGUUCUAGUAUUUCAAACGUUACAUGUUGGUGUUACCUUUUUGUAAUCGGCCAGUUUUACUCGGUAAGAUUGUUAAAAUCUUAAACAUUUAAAUGCAGCUCUAGAGAUCACAUUGUUAGCAAAAUACUAGUUGAAGUGUGACUUUUUUCAAGGCGUCUGUAUUUAACUUCUGCAUUUGUGAAUGUUUUUAUUCAUGUUCUGUUUUCUAAAUUAUAAAAUAAACACACUUUUC